AAGAUCCCUCCUAUCUUGAUCAAAAGUGCUCAUGAUCUCGAAGGCCUGGCAACCAGAGAGCAUUUGGAGAAAGCCCUUUCUCAAGCAGCCAUAGAAUGUGGAGAAGAGGAGGCAUUCUUUUCCCAGCAUUUGGUGCCUAAAGGAGAUAUACCAAGGACAGUGCUGCUAAAGCCCGGGGUGAUCUCAUUCUCUGCGCAUGAUGCGCUAUUACAAGGGCUGAAACAUAGCGGACCCUUUUAUGUCAAAAUACGAUUGGGGAACUACGAGUGA